CUGAUGGCGGCGCAGGGAGCCGGGCGGAGGCGCUGAGCGGCGCGGCCCAGCUGAGGAGCAGGGAUGGCCGGGGGGCCGCAGCCGGGAGCCCCCUCGCCGCGGCUGCCCAGGCUGGGGCUGGCCCUGGCCCUGCUGGCCGCCCUGGCCGCGGUGAAAUACUAUCGGGCCGCCGAGGCGGCCCGGCGGCAGGAGAUGGCCUUGAAGUCUCUGGGGAACGAGGGGCUUUUUCUCUUCUCCUCUCUGGACACUAACAAUGAUCUGUACAUUAGCCCUGAGGAGUUCAAGCCAAUAGCAGAGAAAUUAACAGGUGUGACUCCUGUCUUCGAAUUUGAAGAGGAAGAGACACCGGAUCCCAGUGGGGAGACGCUAUCAAUUGUUGCUAAAUUCCAGCCUCUGCUCAUGGAAACAAUGACAAAGAGCAAAGAUGGUUUCCUAGGAAUUUCUCAUAUUGCUCUGUCUGGCCUACGGAAUUGGACAACCCCAGCAGCCCCUAUGAGCAUGAUGUUUGCCAGGCAGUUCAAAGCCUUUCUUCCCCCAAAGAAUAAGCGAGAACUCGGCGAUCCCUGGUGGAUAAUCCCAAGCGAAUUAAACAUCUUCACUGGCUACCUUUCCAACAACCGGUUUUACCCUCCGGCUCCCAAGGGCAAAGAAAUCGUGAUCCACAAACUCUUGAGCAUGUUCCACCCUCGUCCAUUUGUAAAAACUCGCUUUGCCCCUCAAGGAGCUGUGGCCUGCAUCCAGGCAAUCAGUGAGUUCUACUAUAUGGUAGCAUUCAGGAUCCAUGCCGAGUUCCAGCUGAAUGAACCUCCAGAUUUCCCUUUCUGGUUUUCCCCUGGCCAGUUCACAGGCCACAUCAUCCUCUCCAAAGAUUCCUCCCAUGUUCGAGAGUUCAAGCUCUUUGUCCCUAACGAGAGGUCUCUCAACGUUGACAUGGAAUGGCUGUAUGGGGCGAGCGAAAGCAGCAACAUGGAAGUGGAUAUAGGUUACCUACCUCAGAUGGAAUUAGAAUCUUCAGGGCCGUCCAUCCCUUCCGUGAUUCAUGACGAAAAUGGCAACGUGAUGGAUAGCCGAGACCCUGUGGCGGAGCCAAUUCAGUUUGUGUUUGAAGAGAUAAACUGGCAGCGUGAAAUAAGUUGGGAAGAGGCAGCCCAGAAACUGGAAGUUGCCAUGUACCCAUUUAAGAAGGUUUCGUACCUUCCCUUUCCGCAGGCUUUUGACAGAGCGAAAGCUGAGAACAAACUGGUGCAUUCCAUCCUGCUGUGGGGCGCCUUGGACGACCAGUCCUGCUGAGGUUCGGGGCGAACUCUCCGGGAGACCGUCCUGGAAAGUUCGCCCAUCCUUGCUCUGCUGAACGAGAGCUUCAUCAGUAGCUGGUCACUGGUGAAGGAAUUAGAAGAGCUACAGACCAAGAAGCAGAAUGAAUUCUACAGCAGACUGGCGGACCUGCAUCUAGAGAAAUAUAACUUCCCCGUGGAGAUGAUGAUCUGCCUUCCCAACGGAACAGUGAUUCACCAUAUCAAUGCCAACUAUUUCCUGGAUAUUACUUCUAUGAAGCCUGAAGAAGUCGAGAGCAGCAUCUUUAGCUUCUCAACCAAUUUUGAAGAUCCUUCCACUGCAACCUACCUCCAGUUCCUGAAGGAAGGACUGCAAAGAGCCAAACGGUUCCUGCAGACCUAAAAAAAAAAAAAAAA